AUGGGGAUAACACUGGUCCAGUGGAAGAGAAGGCUAUGCCGUCAACGUGAACAGAGGAAAGAACAAGCAAAACCGGAGGAGAAGAGUCUCUCAGUGAAAGAAGAUGCAGGGAACAAGAAAGGCCAGUGGAAGAAGAGACAGGUUUCCAAAGAUGUGAGCGAUGCGCCAAGAAAGAGAAAGUUUGAAGAGGUUAGAGGUGGAGAGAAAGUAAACGGGCAAAGGAAAAGAGAGAAUCAGAAGAAGAAGAAGCAAGGUGGACCUCCCGAGGUUCAGGACAAACUCGAUAUGUUGAUUGAACAGUAAAGGUCUAAGUUCUCGCAGAGCUCAGCCAAAACCGGUCCACAAAAACAAAGAUCCGGACAAGUCAGGCGAUGGUUCCAGUCCUGAUACCUUGUUUUUGUCUGAAAAAUCUCCACAAUCUCAUUUCUAGUUUCAUUUUUGCUUUGUAUCCAUCCCCAUAACUUGACCAGAUCCAAACCAUGGAUUUGUUUUUAAACCGGUUUAGCACAACAGAACCGGUUAAGCAAGACGUCAACGAAAAUAGCAUGUUUUAAAUA